AUGUAUUAUUCUUCAAAUGCAAUGUCAACUCUUGGUAAUGCUGUGACUUUACUUCAGGAUAAGCGACUUCGUUCUGAUAACGGUGCUUAUUAUGCCGCAAUGCAAGGAGAUGGUAAUUUUGUCCUGUAUACAAAAUCUGGAAAAGCUCUUUGGGCUAGUCAGACAAAUGGUAAAGGUCACGGUCCUUAUCGUUUAGUGAUGCAAGACGAUGGUAAUUUAGUUCUAUAUGAUAUAUAUGGCACGGCAACGUGGUCAUCUAAAACAGAUAAAAAAGGAAUUAAACCACAUCAUCUAAUUAUGCAAGAUGAUGGUAAUCUUGUUAUCUAUGAUGGUGAUCAUAACCAAAUGUGGACAACUGGUGCUGAUCGUUAA